CAGUGAAACUGCGAGGCGCGGUACUCGUUUGUUAAAACUCCAGAAUUGGCGACCCCCGGGACGCACGGGAUGGAUCUGAGGGCCCGGGUAGUCGCGUGCUGCCGCGCUAUGUGCCGGUGUUUCAGAGAAAAACCAGCUCAGCCCUCAAACCAGAAAGUGGACAUUGUGGUGAUCAGACCCGCACCCGUGGAGCCUCUGCACGGCCUCCCUCCUGUACGGAUGGCAGGCAACGUGUACAUCGCGCUGUACGACUACAGGGCGCGCACUGCGGAGGACCUGAGCUUCAACGCGGGGGACACGCUGGAAGCCCUGGACACGAGCUCCGGGGACUGGUGGCGCGCGAGGGCGCUCACCGGCCUCUCCGCGAGCAAGCAGGGCUACAUCCCCGCUAAUUACGUGGCGCUCGUGGAGAGUCUGGACGCAGAGCCAUGGUACUUUGCAGGUGUAAAACGUUUGGAUGCUGAGAAAUUCCUGCUAUCUGGAGAAAACCAGGACGGCGCUUUUCUCAUCAGACAGUGUGAGAGCCAGGCUGGGGAACUGUCGCUCUCAGUGUUGGAUCAGGGCAGCGUAAAGCACUAUAAGAUCAAGCGUUUGGACAAUGGCCAGUACUACGUGUCCAGGACUCAGACGUUUCCUGCUCUGAGGGAUCUGGUGCAGCACUACAGCCAGAAUGACAGCGGACUCUGUAUACGGCUUGCGCUGCCCUGUAAAAAGACUGAAGCCCCACAGACGCACGGUCUGUCAUACAACACGGUGGAUCAGUGGGAGAUUGCCCGUAGUUCUGUUCAUCUGAUGAGGAAGCUGGGUGCGGGACAGUUUGGAGAGGUUUACGAAGGAGUGUGGAACGACACCACGGCAGUUGCAGUUAAAACUCUCAAACCAGGCAGUAUGGACUCCCAGGACUUCCUGCGUGAGGCUCAGAUCAUGAAGAAACUGCGUCACCCUAAACUGAUCCAGCUGUACGCCGUCUGUACCGUGGAGGAGCCCAUCUACAUCAUCACUGAGCUCAUGAGUAACGGCAGUCUUCUAGAGUACCUGCAGAAGGACAAAGGGCAGUGUUUGCAAGUCUCUGACCAGAUUGAGAUGGCAGCCCAGGUGGCAUCCGGAAUGGCCUAUUUAGAGCUCCAGAAUUACAUCCACAGGGACCUCGCGGCUCGGAACGUCCUGGUGGGGGACAACAACGUGGUCAAAGUUGCCGAUUUCGGCCUUGCACGAGUUUUCUUGAAAGAUGAGAAUGUGUAUGAGCCCCGUGAGGGGACCAAGUUCCCGGUGAAGUGGACAUCUCCAGAAGCCAUUCACGACAACAAGUUCUCCAUUAAAUCUGAUGUCUGGUCCUUCGGCAUCCUGCUCUAUGAAAUCAUGACCUUUGGGCAGAUGCCCUACCCAGCUCUCACUAACUACCAGGUGGUGCAGAAGUUGCGUACAGGCUAUCGGAUGCCCCGCCCCGCCCGCUGCCCCACCGUGCUGUAUGACAUCAUGUUGGAGUGCUGGAAGGACGUCCCCUCUGACCGGCCCACCUUUGAAACUCUGCAGUGGAAGCUGGAAGACUUUUUUGACCUGGACAUCAACUCCUAUGAUGACGCGAACCGCUACUGAGUGCCAGCACACACCACCGCCACACAUACCACCUCUGCUUCUCUGAACCAGGACAGGGCUGGAACUAAACGCUGUGGGUGGUAGAUUUGACCGGGACAUCAGCUCCUACGACGACGCAAACCGCUGAUAGCGCACAGCACCACGUGCCCCACCUCUGCUGCUCUGAACCAGGACGGGUCAGGAACUAAACUCUGCAGGUGUAGACGCUUCCAAGAGCAGCAUCUGAUAGCGUUGUCAGUAAACAGGCGGCUAUAGCAUUCUUUACAGCAUCCUGUGCCUUUAAAAUCAUCAGAUUAAUUUGAAAAACAUAUAUUAUCUUAAUUUUAAUGCUGCCCAGCACAGUACAAUCCAGUAAUAUAAUUGAUAAUAUAGGCAGUGUUACAGUCUAUUUUGUGCCAAAAUUUGCAUGCGUUUGCAAGAGAGCAGAUCAACGCUGUGUGAAAGCUAAACACUCCUCGGUUUUAAACACAAAGGCUCGAUACAAUCCAAAUCUGAUUUUUUUUUUUUUUCCCUCCCCUGGAAUGAACUAGAACUGUGAUUUUUAACGAGAACCUAAUUUUUUUUCAUUUUUAUGAAAUUAAAUAUACAACCGUUUAUAUUUAUUGCAAUGUAAUUAAUAAUUGACACAUAACUGACUGCACGAAAUACUGUAUUUACACUCAAAAGCCACUUUCUUAAAAGCCUUUAUUAUAAUAACCUAGUAGUGUGUAUACAGCCCACCAGAACACUGAUGCGUAAGGAAGCCUCCAGACACACUUCUGCCACACCAGUCUAACACACACUCCCAUAUAACUACCAUGUCAGGGACCGACCCAUGAUGAACAGGGUAGGGAGAGUGUGUGUUAGAGUGUGCAUC